UUCCCAAAGCUGUGAAGAGAUGAUAAUAGUGUGAUUGUGAUGAUCAAGACAAUGAAGAAGCUCAAGUUCUGGUCAAAAAAGAAGAGGAAGAAGAGGAGAAAGACCCAAGACGAGCCUUACUACUACCCUCCCUCAACAUCAUUUCAUCACUGCUGUUGCCCACACUCCUCUUCUUCAACUCAGCCUUCAGCUCCACCACUGCCUUCAUGGCUUGAGCCACUUGCACCACCACCACUCUUCCCAGAAGUGGCCUAUUCAGGUCAAGCCCGCUUAUCAUCACAGGAGAUUGCUUCGGAGACCAACUACCAUAGGGAGUCUGCUACUGAUGCUGAUGCUGCUAAUCUCCAAUCUUACCAGCAGUACUUGGUUCCAAACCCUGUGUAUGGUGUGCCUGCAGUUGUGCAUAGGCCAAGAAGAGAGAGAUCGGCUGGGUUCUUUGGAUGCAUUGUUGAAUUUGGAGUCAAUGUCGUUCGCUGCUUCUGUCCGUGUUUUCGCCUUCAAGAGGUUCCUUAAUUUCGUUGCGGAUGUUGAUAACUGUCGGAUCAUUUGCUGAAAAUAGUGUUUUUUUUUUUUUUUUUUCUUUCAAGCUUGAAAGACCAAGUUUCAGAUUGGGUAGCAUUCAGGAACAUAAACAAUUGUAGACUUUUCAGGGCUACAACCAAAGUUUGCAAUAAAGAUCUGUAACAAAAAUUUCUAUCCAGGAAGGUACAAAUGCUUUGUCAAAUUUUA